GAAGCCCCGGCGAGAUCGCGUAGCUUCUCCACUCACUGCUACUCAAGUACUCACAGUACUCACCAUACGUGCUCCAUCAUAGCCGCAAAUCGGCGAUUCGGGCGAUUGUCAGGUGCGCGUUUGCGUAUCUCUCCAUCAGCCGUAUGCGCGCUACUCUCUGUCUCUGCUCCAAUUUGUAUGUGUUGUGCGUGAUGUGACUCGAGUGUAAUAUCCACCAUGAGAUGUACGAGAAUUUCUGCGGGUGAAAAAGAAUAAGAAAGAAACAUUUGCACGAAGCGAAGAGAGUGUAAAAAAGAAGGAAAGUGAGAGAGAUAGAGAGAGAGAAGCGACAUGGCGCCCCCCGACAGAUCGCCUCGCCCUAACUCCGGUCUCAGCCUCUCCGUGCUAGACUUGGCGCAGAUACGAGCGUUGGUCGAAUCGACGGGGAUGCUGGGUGGAUCUACGUGCCCAUCCUGCGAGAUGCCGUUUGACAAGGGCAAGAAGCGUCGCCUGAUUGAUUCCUGCGGUCAUGAACGCUGCUACUCCUGUUUAUUUCGCAGCGAGAUCUGUCCACUCUGCCUGCGUGGCUACGGACUCAAUGACGACGACGACGGGUUGGAAGAGCUAUCUCUUAGGAACGUUUCCUCGGUUCCACUGUCCACCUUCGCGCCUACGGAUGGUUGGCUCGAUGAGUCAUCGACGGUGAAUUCUCUCUGUGGCAGCCCCAGGUUGCGCUCGAAGAUCACCACGAGAGCUAAUCUGCCGUCGCAAGUUCUACACCGAGGCGAGGCAGAAAAUCUCUCGUUGAUAACAGUAGCCAAGAACUUAAAAAGUAAGGCUUCGCCACUUCCAGUUUCUUCUAUUUUUCAAGAUCGACCGAAACUCAAAAUGUCGCAAAGCUGUCCCACGCCACCAAAUCAACGAAGAAGAUUUUUCCUCAACCCAAAAGUGCUCAGAAGUUCCUUUGCUGUCCAGAGAUCUUCGAGACACACGGCAUCCUCACCCGAACCGAUCAUAAAUGAUAAUCCUUCCGCUUUAUCAGUUUGGACUACGUCCUUGGAAGGAAAAACGAGAUGGCCCGGUGUCGUUUUGGGAAAAAUCAAGUCUCUGUGGAGUAAUAGUCAAGGCACGGCUAACGACGGGUUGAAUCAGCUCAUCAGUUCGACGAAUAAAAUUGCAGACGAUGAGGGCGGUUGCGUGAAACCGUUAUCUUCGAAAACCAGAAAAUCGUCACAAUCGGAUUUGUACAUGCGAUUGGGUUUGCUAUUGGGAUCCAAUCGAGCAAACGCGAGCGUGGAAUCAAGCGCGUGUCCUUCGCGAACUCCUAUACAAGGACAUGAUAGCUCUGCAGCCUCCUUCAGUAGCCUGACUAGCUUCGAAACGCAGACAUUGGCAUCAACGAAUACAAGCCCAGUGUCAACUUUGACGGGCACAUCGAGUGAAGCAGAGGCCGCGGCGGCACUGCGAUGUCCUGUCAAGCCGAAAACCAAGGUCAAAGGCAAGACUAAGUCUUGCAGAGACUGCGAUAGUGCUGGUAGCCUGGCAUCCAUUUCCACAUCGUUAUCUGCAUCCACAUCAAUGUCCAUGUCUAUGUCCGUGUCAGUAUCAGGUCUCUCGAACGGUAGUUCCAGUCCACUCGUGCCUAGAAGACAUUCUGUCAAUACCACACAAGUGGGUCAAACUGACGAGUUCGGCCAAUUUAAAAACAGACGGACUUGUGUCCGAAGAUCGGCGAGAACCGGCAACGCUAAAAAUUCAAUGGAUGCGAAAUUACGUUUCGUUCAGCAUCAUAGUUCAACAACGCAAUUAAACCUGAAGCCAUUAUUCUUCGAGGUGCCUUUAUUAGAAGAAGAUCCUCUUUUCGCAGGACGACAGUGGUUGUUACACGAAUUAGAAUCCGUGAUCAAUGGCUCCAGUCCUGGCAUUUUGAUUUCCGGAUCGCCAGGCACGGGAAAAACUGCACUCGUUUUACAAUUAGUGGAACAUAGUUGUUUUGGAAGAAGAAGAGAACAGUCAAAAUCUGCAGAAGUGAGUGAGGAAUGCGACGAGAGAGAGAAGCAGAAUACUAACGCUACUUUACGAGCCAACAUUCGGCAUACUAACGAAAAGGUGCGCGAAUUAGCAUCACAUGUUGUGGCUUAUCACUUUUGUCAAGCUGAUAAUAACAGUACCUGCCUAGUCCCAGAUUUAAUUCACUCGUUAGCGGCACAACUUUGCCAGGCUCCUCAAUUGAUCUCAUAUAGGGAAUACCUCUUAUCUGAGCCUCAUCUUCAAGGCUCAUUGUCACAAAGGGAAUGUACGGUUGACCCAGAUCUCGCGCUUUCGAGAGGUAUUAUUGAACCGCUUUUGACUCUGAAGAAAGCCAAUAGAUUGCCAGCUUCGAAUAUGGUAAUAUUGAUUGAUGCCUUUUGCGAAGCGGAGUAUCACAGACCGGACAGAGGUGACACUAUAGCUUCUUUCCUAACGAGGCAUGCACCUAACAUUCCCAGUUGGUUAAAAAUCGUUUGCACGGUCAGGACACAGUUGCUGGAUUGCGCAAAGCAAUUACCAUAUACAAGAAUCUCGUUAGACAAGACUGCGAACGAUACGAUCAGUAAUAGCAUCGCGAAGGAUUUAUCUGAUUACGUCGGUUAUAGAUUAGCGCAAAGUCCUUCCAUCCAAUCGAAUGUAACUGCGUCGGUAAACGGCAAGGCAGAAUCAUCGUGUAGUGCGAAUCAGACAAGAUUCUCUUCACAUUUGCUCGCUCUAGCCAGAGGUAGUUUUCUCUUCGCUAAGCUGACGCUCGAUCUUAUUGAGAGCGGACAUUUAGUCGCUAAAUCUGCGAGUUACAAGGUAUUACCAGUUUCUCUCGCGCAGAUCUUUCAAUUACAUUUUAACUUGAGAUUUCCUACGGCGGCAUCAUUCGACAAAGUACAACCUCUUCUGGCUGUUUGUCUGGCAGCUCUGUAUCCACUGACUCUACCUGAAAUUUUCUAUUCCAUCAAUUCAUUAAAUAUAGAUCAUUUUGUUUCAUGGGAUGAUUUUUUACAGAGAUUUAAGAUGCUCUCUGGUUUUCUUGUGAAACGCUUGGACAAUACAUACAUGUUUUUCCAUCCAUCGUUCAGGGAAUGGUUGAUGAGAAGAGAUGAAGGAGAAUCAACAAAAUUCCUGUGUGACUACAGACUUGGUCAUGCAGCAAUAGCAUUCAGACUAUCUCGCCUUCAAGCACCAUUAGAUGGUGACAAAGCUUUAGAAUUAGGUCACCAUGUGUUAAAGGCACACGUUUAUAGAGGUGUAGCUCCAUGCUGGCCUUCGCGCGAUUUACAAGCAAUUUGGCUGACUCUAUCGACCGAAUGCAUCUCCUCAGCAUUGUGCACGCUUCGAAAUAUUUAUAGUCCAAAUGUAAAAGUAUCGCGAUUACUCCUGCUGGCAGGUGCAUCACCGAAUCACAUUACCGAGUAUUUAGGUAACGCACCGGUUCUAUGCAUGUACGCGCACGAAGGUUCCGUCGAGAUGGUGUCCCUUCUUCUUGAGUUUGGUGCCGACGUCGAAUUGACUAAUAGCCAAGGUUGUACCGCGCUAUCACUGGCAGCUGCCCGGGGACAUUGUGACGUUGUCAGAAGAUUAGCCGCCGCUGGAGCCUCAUUAGGACAUGUAGAUAUGGCCGGCCAAUGUUCUUUGGUGCAUGCGGCAAGACACGGAAGAUUAUCCGUGGUUGGAUAUCUUCUUGCUUGCGACUGGAUAUCACCCAGUGAAAGUAAAGCAGAAAACGGCAUUUUAGAAAUAAGUAGAGAAGAAGCCGCUCAACAAGCCGUUGUCGCGGCUGCGUCACAAGGUCAUGAAGCGGUUGUAGAAUAUCUUUUGGAUAUGGCAGAGGUGAUCAUAGAUCGUCCCGAUACAUUGAUAGGCGAGACUGCUCUAACGAUCUCCGCUGCAAAUGGUUCGACUGCGACGGUUUCCGCGCUUUUAGCUCGCGGUGCUAAUCCUCUAGUUGUAAACACGAAAGGCCUUUCUCCUCUCAUGCUCGCCGCCAGGGAGGGACAUUGGGGUACCGCUGAACGACUUUUACAAGGAAAUUUAUCCAGCAGUAUGGAUACAGUAUCGGACGAAACUAUAUCGCUUCUGGAACAACGUGAUCUCGCUGGUCGUACUGCUUUAAUGUUAGCCGCAUGUGAAGGUCAUAUUAAUCUACUUGAGCUAUUCCUCGAUAAAGGAGCCAUUUUAAAAACGAAAGACAAGGAGGGACUCACUGCUCUCAGUUGGGCUUGCGUCAGGGGACGCAUAACUGCCGUACAAAUGUUGCUCGAUCGCGGUUCUGAUGUCAAUACAAAUGACAACUCUGGUAGAACGCCUUUGGAUUUAGCUGCAUUCCAGGGUAAUCCAAAGCUAGUACAGCUGUUACUCGAGAAGGGAGCCGCGGUGGAACAUGUUGAUCUCCACGGUAUGCGACCUCUGGACCGAGCUAUCGGUUGUCGUAAUAUACCAGUAGUCCAAUGCUUCUUGCGUCGUGGUGCUAAACUGGGUCCUGCUACAUGGGCUAUGGCAGCAGGAAAACCAGACGUCUUAAUAAUUCUACUAAAUAAACUUUUGGAAGAUGGCAAUGUUUUAUAUCGGAAGAAUAGACUGAAAGAAGCAUCGCAUCGAUACACAUAUGCUCUUAGAAAAUUCCCAGCUUCGCCAGAAGAAGAUUGCCAAGGACAGGAACAAAGUCAUAUGAUGCUUCAAACUUUUACACAACUUCAUAUGAACUUUCUUCUAAAUCUGAGCCGAUGCAAACGCAAGAUGAACGAAUGUACCGAAGCUAUUGAACUCGCUAACGAAGCUCUCAGUAUCCGACUCAUUUCUUAUGAAGCGUUCUACGCUAGAGCUAAAGCGCACGUAGACCUAGGCAUGUUCGAAGAUGCUCUAUUGGACGUUCAGGAAGCUCUUCAAAAUGCACCAGUUCACAACAGACAAGAUCGUAGAGUGCUUACAACUUUGAAAGAUGAGAUUGUCUGUCGAAUGAAUGAUACUGGGACCAACAAAGAACACGAUGAUUAUAUCGCUAAAUCUCGUCUUCGGGCAUCAGUGAAUACUCUUACUGAAUUGUAAUGAUAUUUGGUUAGAAAACAGAGUCAAAUAAAUUA